CCAAUUUUCUCGCCAUCUCUCGCAUCCGGCGGCCAACGUUCUGCACGACAGCCAGCACACACAGCGCACAGCGCACCCCGCAGUCUCCGGAGGUGUCGCCGACCCCGAAAAUCGUCCGCCGACAAGCGUCUAACCCUCCUUGUUCUCCCGCAUUCCCGAACCUCACGACCCUAGCCCGACCUCACGACCCACGCCCACGAACGUCCCCGGCAGCGCACAAGCAGUAGACAUGGCGGACACGACGACGGAGAUAGAUCUCGACUCGGUCAUUGACCGGCUCCUGGAAGUGCGCGGUAACCGUCCAGGGAAGCCCGUGCAGCUGCAGGAGUACGAGAUCAAGUAUCUGUGCACGAAGGCGCGCGAGAUUUUCAUAAACCAGCCCAUCCUGCUCGAGCUUGAGGCCCCCAUCAAGAUAUGCGGCGACAUCCAUGGCCAGUACUACGACCUCCUGCGUCUUUUCGAAUACGGCGGUUUCCCGCCAGAAGCCAACUACCUCUUCCUCGGUGAUUACGUGGAUCGAGGCAAGCAGUCGCUCGAGACCAUCUGCCUGCUCCUCGCGUACAAGAUCAAGUACCCGGAGAACUUUUUCGUGCUGAGGGGGAACCACGAGUGCGCGAGCAUCAACCGAAUCUACGGUUUCUACGACGAGUGCAAGCGCCGUUACAACAUCAAGCUAUGGAAGACGUUCACGGACUGUUUUAACUGCCUACCCAUUGCGGCCAUUAUCGAUGAAAAGAUAUUCACCAUGCACGGUGGUCUCUCCCCGGAUCUGCAGUCGAUGGAGCAAAUACGGAGAGUGAUGCGGCCGACCGAUGUCCCUGACACCGGUCUGCUCUGCGACUUGCUGUGGUCCGACCCCGACAAGGAUAUCACCGGCUGGUCAGAGAACGACAGAGGAGUGUCGUUCACGUUCGGCCCCGAUGUCGUGUCGCGGUUCCUCCAGAAGCACGACAUGGACCUGAUCUGUCGAGCACAUCAGGUCGUGGAGGAUGGCUAUGAGUUCUUCGCGAAGCGGCACUUGGUCACGUUGUUCUCCGCGCCCAACUACUGUGGCGAGUUCGACAACGCCGGUGCCAUGAUGAGCGUGGACGAGACCCUGCUGUGCUCCUUCCAAAUUCUCAAGCCCGCUGAGAAGAAGGCAAAGUACCCUUACGGAGGGGUAAAUAUGGGUCGCCCAGUAACGCCACCGCGUAAACAGAAGAAGAAGGACGCGAACAAGAUGGGCUGAGGACUGCACCGUCAGUACAUACACUUCACUCCUUUGCUCAUCCCGUCACAGACGCUUCUUCUCCCCUCUCUUUGGUGUUCGCCCGCCGCGCAUCCGCCGUUCGUUGUCGUGUCGUGCCGCUGUGGUCGUUGGUUGUGGAUAUACAUGGACUUUGUAAAGCAGUUCCCUCGCGGGUCGUCGGACGGCCGAUGGGGACACGGAGCGCCCAGUGGAGGAUGGCAAGUGUACGAGUAGAAAGGGGCGGAGUGGUGGCGCAACGACGACGGACGCGAAGACGGACGGGGCGGGUCUCCCAGGGCGAGCGAGGCGGGCGAGUGUGGGCAGGGCCGCAGGAGACGACGGGACGGUGCAAAAUCGGCGACGACACCUACGACACGCACGCCAUCCCGGACUUCGCUGCAUACUUCGUACGACAUGUUGUUUUAUGCAAGGCUUCGUUUGUUUUGCUUUUCUCUCCGACAUCCCACCGUCCGUCGCUCUCUGUCUCCCUCGCUCUCGCUCGGGCCCCUCCGUCUGCUGGGCCUACCCCCGCUCCUUCAACACCUUCUCACUACGCCGUCUACUUAUUCGCCUCUCCUUCCCCUAGUUCACGUUCCGUUUCGUCUGUACAUAGUUCCCUGUUCUUUAUUUCUUUCUCCGCAGUCUCCAUCACCCCAGUCCGCGUCGUCUCCUAAGAUAUCGCACCUCCCACCUGUACUACAGCUGCUCCCUCGUCUUGCUCUCAGCGUUCUGUGUGAGAAUACGCAACUCAUAAUACACCGGUUCCCUGUCC